AUAUUAGACGUUUGAUUUUUAUUAGUUGUGAAGAUAUUCCAGGUUUGUGGACAGAUUGUGUCGGAGAUGUAAAUAACUGGGUUUCCCACUGAUCACGUGACAGUUUCCAUGAACACCUAAGGGCACAAGAAUUACAUAUAUAUAUAUACUGGGAAAAGAGAUUUUUCGCUAUUGUUUACAUCGAUUUACACGCGUCAAGAUGAUGUUUGCACGUUCUUUAGCUGGGCAGCGGCAAAUAGGUCAUUCCUUCAACCGCUCGCUCACUGAAGCCAAUAGUCGGUAUUCUACGGUCUCCGCUCCGCCAUCUGUUACCGUCAGACGGUGCUACUCACAUCACGUAAUCCAGACACAAGAAGCGAUCCUUCCUGCCAUGAACCUGACAACCUGGAUGUCCGACCACAUCUCAUGCUUCAGUAAGGCGCAUAUUUCCCCCUUGGCACAACACAGAAGUAAACGUAUGAUUCUAGAUAUCCUCGGCGUAGGAAUGAUCGGAUCAAAGACGGAAAUUGCCAAAAGUUACCGAAAUUUUGCGGGAAUAGUAGAAGGUUUCCACUCCAACCACAGAGCCUCUGUUUGGGGGGCUGAUGGAUUGAAGGCAUCCAUGGGGAUGUCGGCAUAUCUUAACGGCGCCAGUUGUCAUGCUAUGGACUUUGAUGACACCUGGCAUCCUGCAACCCAUCCCAGUGGUCCUGUACUCCCCGCCUUACUAGCUCUGUCGGAAGCACUGCCAUCAUCGCAACAACCUUCUCUUGAGGAUAUCCUGGUGGCUUUUAACAUUGGAAUUCAGGUCCAGGGAGCAUUGCUUAAUUGUUCAAGUCAGGCGAGGAAUAUUCCCCACCGGUUACAUCCACCAGCCAUUGUUGGCGUAAUUGGAAGUGCGGCUGCCUGCUCCAGACUGCUGGGUCACGGUCCCCAGAAAUGUCGUCACGCUAUGGCUAUUGCCGCGUCAUUCGCCGGGGCGCCGAUGGCGAACGCCGGCACCACAACCAAACCGUUGCAUGCUGGGAAGUCAGCUCGUUUUGGUCUGGAGGCUGCCAUACUGGCUGACAAGGGUAUAGAGGGGAAUGACAAUAUUUUAGAUAUUUCUUCUGGGUUAGGGGCGUUCUUUGAGGAUUACAAUCCGGAGAAACUUUUCAACACAUUAAAAGGGACCGAUGACGUCAUUCUUCAUCAUCAAGACAUUGCAUUAAAGCGGUUCCCAUGUCAUCUCGGAAUGCAUUGGGCUAUUGACGCGGCAUUGGACACAAGAAAGCAACUGGUACAUGAUCGGGGUGACCUUAUAGUCGAUUUUAUAAAACAUAUCCACAUAAUCGCCCCAGGUUCUAAAUAUAUUAACAGACCUUUCCCGACGACCGAACACGAGGCUCGCCAUUCCUUCCAGUUUACGACCUGCUCUGCGUUGUUGGACGGUGAAGUUACACCGGAAACCUUUCACGUAAACAACAUCGAUCGACAACAGCUGCACAGUCUCCUCCUGAAAGUCAGAGUUAUCACCCCUGAAAAGAAUACACCGUCUUUCAACGACAUGUACGUGACAGUUGGUGUUACAACAAAAGACAACGCCACAUUUGAGAGCACGUGUAUCGAACCGUAUGGACACUGGAGAAAACCAUUAUCUGAUGCCGAUGUCGUCAAGAAAUUUCGAAAAAAUACUGACUUCCUAAACAUUGAAUCUCAAAAUAGACUGGUGAACUUAGUUUCAAGGAUGGACAAGGCACACACUGCCAAAGACAUUUUAGAACUACUUUCUUGAACGGUAUCUACUGAUAUCUAAUUAGGAUUUGACAAGUGCUUUCUACAUACAUGCAAAACCUAUGGUAGUGAACCUACUCGAGGUGAUGACACAUUUAUUUGCGUAAGUGGCAUGACUUCGUACCCGGAAGGUCACGCUAUGUUUAUGUUAUAUUGAGGAGGUUAAUAACUUGUGUAUAUACGGUUCUCUCUAUUAUAAUCGUACCACGAUAGCAACCACUACAAUACAUUUACGAGGAAGAUGAAUCUAGUAGAGGUAGACAUUACAAAAGUAAUAAAUACGUCCUUUUUGUAUGUUUGUGUAUCUACAAAUAUAUAUGGAUAUUGGAGUCUAUAAACACAUAAGUGUAAAUUUGGGUGUAAUGACAAAUUUAUAUGGAAGGUUUGAGUCUAUAAACACGUGUAUGUGUAUAUAACUACAAAUAUAUAGAUAUAUGGGAGGUUUGAGUCUAUAAACUAGUGUUGAUGUGUAAAACUACAAAUAUAAUUAUAUGGAAGGUUUGAGUCUAUAAACACGUGUUUGUGUGUAUAACUUCACACACACACACACACACACACACACACACACACACACACACACACAUAUAUAUAUAUAUAUAGG